AGUAAUGAUAAUAACUGAAAAUAUUAUCGAUUACGUCUAUAAUUAUUAAUGCUUAUAGUUGUAAAAGAAAAAAACUGCCAAAAAUUGUAUUUACAAACGUGAAGAUAUUGAAUUGCAACAAAUUUUGAGGAUCAUUACUUGGAUAGAUUAUAGGAGUAAUCCCCAAUAAACGCAAAUUAUAGUCAGCAAUUAUAAACAGUCCCAGAAAUGUCGAAACGUUCUGCUGAUUAUGGGGAUUCAAUGUCUCAACCGCCCAUAAAAAAAGUUCAGUUUGAACCGAUUCUCAUUGGAUCGAUUUCUACGUUGGAAGAAAUGGAUAUGAAAGUAUUACAGUUUCAGAACAAAAAGCUUGCCCAGAGAUUAGAACAGCGGCAUCGCAUAGAAACAGAACUUCGUCAAAGAAUAGAACAACUAGAAAAAAGACAGAUGCAAGAUGACGCAGUAUUAAAUGUUGUCAAUCGUUAUUGGAAUCAAUUAAAUGAAGAUAUUCGUGUAUUGCUUCAACGAUUUGAUGCUGAAACUGCCGAUGAAUCAGAAAAUAAAAACGAGUCAGAAGCAACAACAUCUUUUUUAAUGCAACUAUCUUCUUGGGAUAAAGAAGAAUUGAAUGAUAAAUUGGCACACCGAGUACAAGUAUCGAAACGCGCUGUUUCUAAAGUUGUACAGGCAUUUGAUCGAUUAUCACAACGAAAUGAAAAAAUAUCUCUCGCUUUGAAAGGCGAAUAUAGUGGAGAAACAUUACAAAUUGACGAAGUUAUUAAAAAGACGAAUAUCGAAAUUCAAGCAGAAAACCGUAAUUUGCAAGCUAUAAACCUCCAGCUUCAUGAAAAAUAUCACGCAAUGUCGUUAAAAAUGUCUGAGCUGCAAGACACAAUUACUGGAAAAGAUACGCUCACGGCUGAAUUAAGAAAUCAAGUUGAUGAUUUACAAUAUGAAUUAAAUAAAGUUCGUGCAAGAAAUGAUAAAUUAGAACAUCAUCUUGGUGAGGCAAUCGAAAAACUAAAAACAUUUCAACAAAUUCAUGGUUCUGAUGAAAAAGGAAAUAAUAAAUCGACUUCUCUGGUUGCAUCCAGUGUUUCGCAAACAAAGCUUGACGAUGUUCAAAGAGAAUUAGAAGAAACUCGAGAGAUGGCUAAUAAUCGAUUGCAAGAAUUAGACAAAUUGCAUCAACAGCAUCGAGAUGCUUUGAAGGAAGUUGAAAAACUUAAGAUGGAUUUGAAAAAAGAAAUUGAGGAUCUGACAGCAAAACUAGGACAACAAGUUGCUCAGGAAAGUAAAGAAGGUAAUAGUUCAGAUGGUAGCGGGAAAGAAGAAGACUCAUCAACUUAUUUAUCGGCAACAAUUCAGAUAAAAGACGAAGGAAUUAAUGUCAUGAAGCGAGAAUUAGCCAUCGAUGAAGAGAUGGAUUUUACUGAAAAAAGUGAAGGUGAAAGUAAAAAUACUACUGAUUCUCAUUCAUUAUUUCUGUCUUCUAUAAAAAAGGAUAAAGAUAUAAAACGUGAAAAAGAUGUUAAGAAAGAUGCAAUUGUAAAAGUUGAUCAUAAAGAAAAUACAUUACAUCGAAUUAAGGAUUCAAAAGGUAUUGAGUCAGAAAUCGUUAGAGACUUGAAAGCACAAUUAAAAAAAACGGUUAAUGAAAUGAAAGAAAUGAAGCUUUUACUUGAUAUGUACAAAGGUGUAGGAAAAGAACAACGUGAUAAAGUUCAAUUAAUGGCAGCAGAACGAAAAAUUCGAACUGAAGUCGAAGAAUUACGGCAACAGCUGAAAAAAAUCCAAGAAAAUAAGCGUGAGGAACGGAAGAAACUAGCCGAUGAAGACGCACAAAUCAAAAUAAAAAAACUUGAAGAACAAGCAUACAACUUACAAAGACAAGUUGCAUCUCAAAAACAGGAAGAAGAAGCACUACUGAAUGAAAUGGAAGUAACUGGACAAGCGUUUGAAGAUAUGCAAGAACAAAAUUCUCGACUCAUUCAGCAAUUACGUGAAAAAGAUGAUGCAAAUUUUAAAUUAAUGACUGAACGAAUAAAAAGUAAUCAACUGCACAAAUUAGCUAGAGAAGAGAAAGAUGUUUUGAAAGAACAAGUGUUGACGUUAACUACUCAAGUUGAAGCCGCAAAUGUUGUUGUACGCAAAUUAGAAGAAAAAGAGCGAUUGUUACAAAAUUCGUUAGCGACAGUUGAAAAAGAAUUAGCUCUACGACAACAAGCGAUGGAAAUGCACAAGCGGAAGGCAAUAGAAAGUGCCCAAUCAGCCGCAGAUCUUAAACUCCACUUGGAAAAAUAUCAUUCUCAAAUGAAAGAAGCUCAACAAGUCGUUGCCGAAAAAACAAGUUCUCUGGAGGCAGAAGCGUAUAAAACAAAAAGAUUACAAGAAGAGAUUGCACAGCUGAAACGGAAAGUUGACAGAAUGAAGAAAAUUGAAUUAGCCGAAACAUUGGAUGAAGUGAUGGUCGAGGAAUUACGGGAGUAUAAAGAAACGCUCACUUGUCCAUCGUGUAAAGUUAAACGUAAAGAUGCAGUACUUACGAAAUGUUUCCAUGUUUUUUGUUGGGAUUGUCUUCGAACUCGUUAUGAAACCCGUCAACGGAAAUGUCCUAAAUGCAACUGUGCAUUUGGAGCAAACGAUUAUCAUAGAUUAUAUUUAUCAACUUGAAUAAAGUAAGAAUGUUCUAUCAUAUGAUCGAUACAACUCUUUUUAUAUGGAGACUCAUAAUUAUUUAUUAUUAAUUAAUUAGUUAUGAUUGUUUCCAAAUAAUUUUGUCUAUCAUAUGAUUCUGUAUGUUAGAUCUUCAAUGAACUGUUAAAUUAAGGUUUUUUAUGUACUUUCAUUGAAUGUUAUUGAAUAAAAUGUAUUGAAAAGUCCAUCA